AUGCGGAGGAAAACGACACUAAAUAUUGGACAGGUUAUUUGUUUUUCUUCCUGGAACGAUGGCAGUGAGGGGUAUGAGUGGAAAUCCCGAGCACUAUCGGAAAAGCGAUCGUUGGCGCUUGAAUUUCUCGGAAAUGUGAAUAAAAGAGUUUCUAUUCACGAUGCAAUUCGUUUAAAGGCUGACAUUAAUAAAAAAGCCAUAAGUAACGUUAGCUGCCCCAGUUUUUUUAGCGGCAUUGAAGGCGCUGAUGAAGAUGAGGAUCAAAGUGAUAUGAGCCUCUGUUCACUUUUAGGAAUGCUGGAGGGCGAGAUUGAAACUGACUGCAUUACACACCUUUCCCCUUCGGAUGCCUCGCUUUUGAAGGAGGAAUUCUUGUGCGAUUAUGAUUCGUCGGAUACAAAACGUAUGGCCAAAUGGGUGAAUUUGAGAUCGGAAACGUCGGACUACCAAAGUUAUGGUGCGAUCCCGGAGGGCGAGCGAAGUUUAUGGUCCGCUUGGUACCUCCGCAACAUAAAGGCAGGAAAAAAACCUAUCUAA